GCGAGCGCAUCCAUCCAAUCCAUUUCGUCUUCCUUCCUCUCGCCAUGGCGUCUUCCACCAGGUUCUUGAUCUUCGUUGUGGCGGCCAGCCUCGUGGCGAGCUUUGCGCGGGCGGACCUGCAGUACGAUUUCUACAACACGUCUUGCCCGGGGGUGGAGACGCUGGUGCGCGAUGCGCUCACGGAGGUCUUCGCCGCCGACUCCACCGUCCGCGCCGGCCUGCUCCGCCUCCACUUCCACGACUGCUUCGUCCGGGGCUGCGAUGCUUCCAUCAUGAUCAACUCCAACAACGGCACCGCCGAGAAGAACGCCGACCCCAACCUGACGCUGCGAGGCUACGAGGUGAUCGAGGCCAUCAAGGUCAAGGUCGAGGCCGCCUGCCCGCUCGUCGUCUCUUGCGCCGACAUCAUGGCCAUGGCCGCGCGCGACGCCGUCAAGUUUAGCGAAGGGCCAGAUUAUCUGGUGGAGACCGGACGUCGGGACGGCAACGUCUCCAUGAUGGCGGAUGCCCUCAGCGACCUGCCACCGGCCGACGGCAACGUCACCGUUCUCACCAAGGUCUUCGCCGUCAAGAACCUCACCAUGAAGGACCUCGUCGUCCUCUCCGGCGCGCACACGCUCGGGGUGGCGCACUGCCCGUCGUUCUCCUACCGGGUGCACAACUACACCGGCGUCGGCGACGAGGACCCGUCGAUGGAGCCAGAGUACGCGGAGGGUCUGAACGCGACGUGCGCGCCGGACAACUUUGCGAGCGUGGUGCCUCUGGACACGGUCACCACCAACGAGUUCGACCUGGGCUAUUUCCAGUCCGUGUACGCCGGCAAGGGGCUGCUCGGCUCCGACGACGCGCUGCGCCACGACAGUCUCACGGGGGCCUACGUCAGUCUCAUGAACAACGCGUCCUCCCUCGACACCUUCUUCGCCGACUUCGCCGUUUCCAUGAUCAACAUGGGCAGGGUUGGCGUCCUCACCGGGACCGACGGCGAGAUCAGGGCGACCUGCGGCAUCUACGUCGACUGAUCGAUCACAAAUCGAACUGACAGUUUGGACUGGCAGAAGGACUCCUGGAAUUUAAUUUCUUCAUCAUUGACUCCUGCCGAAUGAAUCAUCUGUGUGCACCGGAAGUAAUUUUGCUUGUAACGACGUUUCCUCAUUUGUUCAGUUUUGGAAGAUCAUUGGUUUGUUCUUGUGUAUGUACUACUUAUUUUCCUGAUUUCAGUUCAGUUGAUUUUUUGGAACCUUUUUAGAGGAAUUUUGAAAGUAUUGCUUCAUUAA